GUUUUGUUCACCAUGUUGGAUCAACUGCACAUCACAGUUGCCUUGUGACCAAUAGUUUUAUCAUGUCAGUGGCAGCGGAGUGGCGUGGGCCCAAAGUGUAGAGCAUUCGAGCGGGUGGCUUCCUCCUCUACAGCGGACAGAAGGGCUCACCGACACGAACGGGAGGACUAGCUACUUGUGUGAUUUGGGGACACGGACGCCGAUUAGCUAGCUCCAAACUGUCAGUUUAAUUACUACUGUCUCUAACUCAUGGCAGCUGGAUAAUUCGUCCUGCAUUUACAGGAUUUAACGUUUUCCCCGCAUUGUUGUUUCGUCUUCCUGGAUGUGUGCUUAUGAGCCGCAGGACGACAGUGUGAAACAUAAUAAACACAAGGCUGUCGAUGGGGGUAAUACAUUGCCUGUCAGCCGUCUGCAAGGAUUUCUCUUGUCAUUCUUUGAGUCAUGGUCGAAGCUUCGUCACUGUCAGAAUGAUGGGGAUUUCUUUCCAUGCUCGCGGCUCGUUGGAUUGUAAUAAUAUGUGAGUGGAGUGGAUGACCGAGGCCUGGGCCUGCUUGCCUCCCUGCCUGCUUUUCUGCGUGCGCUGUUUUUAGUGGCCUGGGCUUGGAUACAGCUCCUCUGCACCGGAUCAGCAGCGUUAAUUACGGCUCGGAGAUUACUCCUGUCUGGCCUGCGCACACAUCACAAGGAGGAUUCAGUUUAGCAUAACAGAUGCGAUUUCCAAGCCGUGUGGAUCCCCUGUGGUGGGAAGAGCAACGGCGCUGGACCAGAGCGUAUGGCAAACUUAGACACUUUUAAAAGAUGAAUGCGUUGCUUCCCAUGUGACAAGCAUUAGAUCACACUGUUCCAUCAAGACGGGGAAGCUGAAUUUCAUGAGGAGGGAGGGGGGCACUACCUCUAUCAUGAGGGACAUCUAGGGCCACCGACUUUUUUCUUAAUUGAGGGGGGUGCGGGUUAUUUUCUAUUCAACAUUUUUUUUUAUUUAUCGUUGUUAGGAGUGGCACUGUUAGGGCUGCACAGAUUUUUAGACUUGGGUGGUCAUUGCUGUAGGCUACAUGCUCGUGAUAAGCUUUCUUUUAUUAGCCUCAGGCUACAGUAGCCUAAUGGUGUGCAAGCACGGAAAUUAAUUUAGAGGAAGUGGGUCAGAUCCUCGUUGGCAUUAUGAUAAGGAGGCACACCGGAAUGCUUUCUCUACCCACACAUUUGAAGUAGCAGUUGUCGGGUCAUUUAAAGCCCUAAUCUGUUUUCAUUUGUCGCCCGGUAGCCAUUAUCAUCACUUUUAGAAGCGGUUUGUGUUAGGAGGCAUUUCAGCAUUAUUGAAUGGCUCUUUGUGGCACUACGGCUACAAAUGUUACAAAAAUGAUGGCCGCUUACAACGGUGGCUCCUCUACAGUGGCUGCCCAUCAUCCGCAUCACCACCACCAACUCCAGCACCUUCCGCCUCCCCACAUGCACCACCACCACCACCACGCGGGCCAGCAUCACUUGCAGCACCCGGGCUCCGCCGCUGCUGUGCACACGGUUCAGCAACACACCUCCACGGCUGCCGCUGCGGCGGUGAUGCUAAACCCCGGCCAGCAGCAGCCCUACUUCCCCUCUCCUGCCCCCGGACAAGCCCCAGGGCCGGCGGCCGCCGCGGCUCCCGCACAGGUUCAAGCCGCCGCUGCUGUCAAAACUCACCACCACCAUCACCAUCAGCAGCAACACACACACCACCUACAGCAGCAGCUGGAUAUAGAGCCUGACAGGCCCAUUGGCUAUGGAGCGUUUGGGGUUGUGUGGUCAGUGACGGACCCCCGAGAUGGAAAGCGAGUUGCCCUCAAAAAAAUGCCCAAUGUCUUCCAAAACCUUGUUUCUUGCAAGAGGGUAUUUCGGGAGCUGAAGAUGCUAUGCUUCUUCAAACAUGAAAACGUGCUGUCUGCUCUGGACAUACUGCAGCCUCCACACAUUGACUACUUUGAAGAAAUCUAUGUGGUGACUGAACUGAUGCAAAGUGACCUCCAUAAGAUCAUCGUAUCACCGCAGCCUCUGAGCUCAGACCACGCCAAAGUUUUUCUUUAUCAGAUUCUACGAGGACUUAAAUACCUUCAUUCUGCUGGCAUUCUACACCGAGACAUCAAGCCUGGCAACCUCCUGGUCAACAGCAACUGUGUGCUCAAGAUCUGUGAUUUUGGUCUGGCCCGAGUGGAGGAGUCAGACGAGUCACGACACAUGACUCAGGAAGUGGUGACACAGUACUACCGAGCUCCUGAGAUCCUCAUGGGGAGCCGCCACUACUCCAACUCCAUUGAUAUCUGGUCUGUGGGCUGCAUCUUCGCAGAGCUGCUGGGGCGACGCAUCCUCUUCCAGGCCCAAAGUCCCAUUCAGCAGCUGGAUUUAAUCACUGACCUGCUGGGGACUCCCUCUAUGGAAGCCAUGAGGACAGCAUGUGAAGGUGCUCGUGCACACAUUCUCAGAGGACCACAUAAACAGCCAUCCCUUCCUGUUCUUUACACACUGUCUAACCAAGCAACCCAUGAAGCUGUCCAUCUCCUCUGUAGAAUGCUGGUGUUUGAUCCGUCAAAGAGGAUUUCAGCAAAAGAUGCCCUGGCUCACCCUUACCUGGACGAGGGUCGACUGCGCUACCAUACAUGCAUGUGCAAAUGCUGCUACACCACAUCUUCUGGCCGUGUUUACACCAGUGACUUUGAACCUGUCACAAAUCCCAAGUUUGAUGAUGGCUUUGAGAAGAAUCUGAGCUCUGUGAGACAUGUCAAGGGACACACCCGUCUUGGGCACACAGAUCUCGGGUGGCUGUCUGCGCACCAGCUGCAAAUAUGCAAAUAUUUACAGUUGCGAGAUCAUCCAUCAGUUCAUUUUGGAACAGCAAAAGGGGAGUCGAGUGCCACUCUGCAUUAACCCUCAAUCAGCUGCAUUUAAAAGCUUUAUCAGUUCCACAGUGGCUCAGCCCUCUGAAAUGCCCCCGUCUCCACUGGUGUGGGAAUAGCUGCUGCAGUGUAUCAUCGUCUUUCCCAACUGACAAGCUGCUAAACUGGGAACAAGAACGCCUGUCAACAUCUCCUUUCAUCUACGUAGCACUUCACUGGAGAGCAGGACUCACAGGUCUGCUGUGUAUAUGCUGAAAUUUGAAACAAAUGAAGAGAAAUCCACUGAUCAUGGCUUUAUGGGAGUGAGUUAGAGGGGUUUGGUAUGCAAAUGAAUGAGACUAAUGCUCUGUAGACCAAAUCUGAAUGGUUUAAACUAAUUCACCUAAUUACUUCCUGGAAGAUAUCAUUUAACAGUUAUUGUACAUUUGUUUUGCUAUAUAUAUUAAUAUACAUUUGAAAAAAGAUGUCUAUUUUAACAUUUCUGUAAUACAAACUGAUACAUUUCCCAUGCAAUCAGGCUACUCUGCUUCUCACAGCCACCUUCUCCUCUGCACUGGUAAAUUGAAUCAGACUUUGCUUCAUAUUCAGACAAUUGAUUGUAAUUGUGUUGGCAGGAUUAACUGAAAGCUCCACAUACCCUUGGGAACACUGAUAUUUAAUUCAUUAAAAAUUAGUUAUCACAGGCAUGUACCCUUGUAUCCUCCUGUACUCUUGCACGUUUGGUUUAGUUUUUACUUAUGUAACAAUUAGUUUGCCAAAGAUCAGGAGCCUCAUGUAUAAAUGAUACAAAAAUAUUAAGAUUGUGGGCAAAAUUGCAAAGUUUGGAAUUUAUGAAGCAUUACCUGUCUGCACAUUUUUUACAUUACACUUGUGUAUCUGGAUGGACAUGGACAUACCAGGCCACAUUUUAGGGUUUCAUUGUGUUUCAGACAAAUUAGUUUGCUCAGUGUAUCUGUUGUUGCUUGUUCCAUAGGGCUUCACUUGAGGGUAGGGUGAAGAGUCUGCCAUCACAGCGUCCACCUAAAUGAAUCACACUGCCUCCCUAUCUCCAAAGCUUAUACCUCUUCCUGUCAUACAGCAAGUGAGUGGACUCUGGUCAAUGGAGUGGGGAAAAAGUGUCCAGGCAUACUACGAGUGACAACAUUCAGGGAGCCAAUUGAGCCCUGAGUGCGCUCUGACAAUAGGUUGAAGGUGCACAAAACUUUGCCAAAAUAGUCAGGGCAAGCGCUUUUUCUACAAACAAACAUGUUGUUUAGCCUGUUGACUGACACAUGGAGCAGGAUAAAACGUCCUCAUUGGGAAAUACUGAAAAAAUGUGAUGUUCGCUCGCUUGCUCAUUUACGACGCGUCCAGAUAGGAAGAGGUGUUAUGUGCUUCUUUGUUGUUAUAACGUGAAUUUCUUAGAAAUGCUGGAUACAGCCCACCUACGAUUCAGCUGUAGGAAAGGUGUGGUUAGAGAUUCAGCCACUGUUAGAUGAUAUGACAGGUACUUUGUUUGAAGUACUUAAGUGUUUGCAAUCUCUCUACACAUUAGCCAUUACAACUGUAGAAGAGGUUAAGCAGGCAGGGCUGUGUUCCUGUUUAAGCGUUCUUCUGCCAGUUGGGGGUCAAAUGUGGAUAGAUUCAACUUAAACAGUAGCAACAGUGUUUAAACAUAUUAAUUUCAUUCAUAAUAUGCAUGAUUACUUUUGACUCAUAUAUGUACAUGAUGUCAGUAUGGCAAAAUGUAAGAGGCACAUACCCACUUGAGGUCUUACCUGUUAUUCUUUCUCCUUCUUACUUUUCAUAGUUUGUCAUCUCUUCAUGGUGGAAUCUUUCCAUGUAGAAUGCACAUCUAAUCAGUUCACAGUCAGCAAAGUCUCUGUCAUUUACUUACACGCCCACAACAUAGCACUUUUCUCUAUUUAUAUAAAAUAUAAUGGAGGUAAAAAUAAACAAAUUAAUGGAAUUAAACUAGAUUGCAGCCUUGGAUAUAUCAACUAUUAAUGGUUGUGGAGGAGGAGUAUACACAAAUCCACAAAUGUUUGGCGUCGUAAAGAGGACAUGCAUACAGGGCUGUAAUUACUGUUAGGUAUAUGUGAAGUUUUACAUAGAUGUAUAAUGUAGCCUACAUGUAUUAGAGUGAGUACAAUUAUGCAUGUGUAUGCUAUUUUGCACGUGAUUUCAGUGAUGAAUGUGUGCAGACGUUCAUACAUGAGGCCCCUCAAUAUUAGUUCAGAAAUAUUGUUUGUAAUAUUUAGUUGAUCCUGUCCCAGUAUGUAAAGCUUCCUCAGUCAGUGGUAGUGGAGAGGGUCAAGUAUCCCCUGAAAAGGCCAACAGCAGUUUUAUUUGUGUCUGGAGUCAUGAUGGGCAUAGGUUAGCAUACUGCUGCUGUACUAAAUUGAAAUUGAAUCUGUUUGGGUUUGAAUUGUGUUUUGUUGUUGAGAUAAUUGGGUCUUGAUGAUGAGGGUUUAAAUGUUCACUUGCAUGUCACAUGAAAAACAACUGAAUCUUCCUGUGAAUAGGAAAUAGGUUAAAAAGGGAUUAAGGGAUCAGACUAAAAGCUAUCCUCGUACUACACCCUGCUACUAAACAAAACCACACAACUCAUCUGACUUCAUGAAGCUUACAGUCGCUUCCUCUACUGAGCAGCAGCAGAACAGGAAAUUCUACAGUGCUACUCCUGCCUCUUUCUUGUAUGCUGAUAUUCACUUUAAUACUAGCGUAUGGCUAAACAAUCCUUUCGUUUCAUGAAUGAUAAAUGUGUGCUGUCCACUUGUGUGCCUCCUAACUUCACUGCAUGGACAGUAAAGUAACUAUUUAUGCACUCAUCCAAACAGAGCAAAUUCCAUCCCAAAGAGUAGGAAGAUAAAGAUUCAGGACUGUGGAAACUGCACUGAACUAAAAGAUAUCAGCUUUCCAGUGUUCCCCCAUGACCUUUAUUUGAAUUGCUCACUGCACUUAAAUGAAAUUGAAUGAUAACCUCUACAGCCUGUUGGCCUUUCUAGUGUCAAAAAAAAAUUGCUCAGUUUCACAAUUGUUUUGUAGCAUCUGAUGUUUAUUAAAACACUUUAAAUAGUUACUCAACUCAACAGUUAGAUUGUGGAGCGUAAUGUUGGCUACUGGCCAUGAGAUGCUUUUAUUGACAAGAAUGGCCAUGUCUCUGAUCUGAUUUGUGCAGGGAACCUGUGUUGCAAUUUUCCCCUCCCUUCCUCCCUAAAUACCCUAUUUGGUUCUUAACUGUGACACAGUUUUCCAACAGCAUUGGUGGGACAACCCCAUGACUGAACAGUCACACUUACACAAGUCCACACUUCAGCCACAUUAUCUGAAGCACUUAUUUGGACAUCUACAAAAUUAUUCCUGUGUUUUUCCAAAGCUAGUGUUGGAAGUCAUGAGACUAGCCAUUUGGUUUCAAGCUACUUCCUACUUGGACCCACUGUGGUUACUGUGAAAUGUACUCAUGUACAUUCCUGAUGGCUCACUUUGGCUUUCACUUUUAGAUUAGUGGUUAGUUAACUGGAUUUAAAUCAGGGUUUGUUUCAAACCUAUGUGGUUGUAUGGUUGGUCUUGUACUUGUUCGUCUUUGGACUGUAAGGACAAAUCAGAAACUGUCAUUGUGUUAUCAAGACAAUUUCAAAAUUAAAAGAAAACAUACCAAGGCAAAGAAGCAGUCUAAUCAGCAAUAUCAUUCUUUAAGGGUGUUUAGUCUUUGUUCUGUCUCAGCACAUACUAUUGAACAACCUUUUCCUCAUGGAUUGCAUUCAAGAUCCUAGAAUGGAAACAAGUAGCAUAUGAUUGAUGUAUAACUGAUGGCAUAGUCUCAUCUAUGUGGGUUUUUCUAAAUGGCAAUCCAGUGCUAAGGUGUGCUCCUAUCCCUCAUACAUGUACACUGUCUCCAGAAAAAAAGAGCUUUGAAGUAAAUUAUUUAAUAUAUUUUUAGAAUUGCUUUUUAUUCCUGUUCUUGAUGUUCUAUGGCAUGCAUUCUUCUCACACCUCAAAGUAUGAUUAUGUAUAUAUGUUAAAUAGAGAGGCAAAUUUAAAACACCAACCUGAAAAAACAGUGACACUGUAUAGAAAUUGUAUUAGCCUACACAUUUUUAAGGCUGUGAAGUUAAUUUUAUUUUUAAAACUUGCAUACAAAUGUAUAUAUUUU